CUUGACGUGAGCUAAACUUAGAGGGAUGCCCGAGGCGCCGCGACCGGCCACGGCCGUCAUCUAUGCAAGCCAGAGCGGCGACGCGGCGCAAAUGGCCCUCGAGCGCAGCGUCGUGCACAUGAUCAUCGAGCGCGAGACGUGCCUCGAGGCGCUGCUGCAAGUGACGCCCCACUUCCGCGACCCCCAUAGCAAGGUGCGACCGUGGAAGGUCAUCGCCAACCUCACGCUGCAGUACCGGCGCGCGUCCAUUGACGUCGUCGAGGGCAUUCUGCAGUGGCGAGCGCUCUUGGGCGCGCCCCGGCAGGCCUUUUUGUGGAAGCAGACCAACUACUUGAAAAAGAUGAUCGACGACACGGCGAGUUUCGCCCAAGUGCCAGAAAUGUUUCGCGACAACCACGGCGACCUCGCACUCAACCCCUUCCUAUCGCCCUUCGCGCUCACCGACGCCCUCUUUGGCCUCGACGAGCCGGCGAUGCUCGCCAAGGCGCGGCUCGCGGGCAGCGAAAUCGGCGGCAUCGACAUGGACCGUAUCUGCCGCGCGUCCAAGCUGCUCUUGGGCGAAGGCGUCGUGCGGACGAAAGCCGAGACGCCGACGAAGGACGAGCCGCCUAGCACCCCUCGGACGCCAAAAUCCCAGGCGGUGACGCCGCCAGUCGAAGCGCCCGACCUCGCGCCGCACGACAAGCUCAUGCUCAUGAAGCUGCACCUGGACCACGGCAGGGCCAAGCUGCAUGCGCUCGAACAAGAUCGCGCGACCCUCUCGGAGCGCAUGACCGAGAUCACGGCCAAGCUCGAGGCCACGACGCUGCCGAGCAAGGUGCGCGUGCUCCAAACCAACCUCGGCACGCUCAACAACAGCCUCCGAGCGGUCUCGGGCGAGAUCUUCCAGCGGCGCAACGAGCUCGCGCGCCAAGAAGCGACGUACCGGCUCCAAGCCAGCAAGGCCAAGCGACCGCGGCCGCAGAUUCCCGACGAGCUCCACCAAGUGCUCGUCGCGGCCCUCGCGCGUCGCGAGCCCGAGCCAGCAGCACUCGCGCUCGACGCGAUGAACGAAGCACAGGUCUUUGCCUUUGUCAAGGACCUCGGUCUCGACGCGUGUGCGGAGAAGCUCAAGGCAAUGGGCAUUGAUGGGCCGCUCCUGGCCGUAAGCACCGACCAGGACCUUCAAGAGCUCGGCAUCGAGGUGCGACUCCAUCGCGUGAAAAUUUUGCGCGAAGUCGAAAAGCGGCUCAAGGACGGGCAGUAGCGUUUCAUACCCUACCCCUGGGACCAUAACCUACCCCUGUCGACUGGCGUUGGAAGCAUGUGUCUCGAUGUUAUAACACUAGGGAACCGUAUGGUCGGGCGUCGUGCUACGUGCCCUCUUUUCGGUUGUGUGCAUGGAAUAAAAGUACUAGGGUCCUUCUCGCCUCGACGUCCCUCCUCCA